AUGACACACGCGACGAAUAAGCAGCUCGAGGCGCUCGUGGCCCAAGCGGGUGUGGCCACGCGCGUGCUGCAGGACCCGGAGCAGGUCGUGUGCGACGACGUGUGGACCGACGAGCGCUUGCGCCUGGCCCAGGAACAUUUGCAGCAGGACCGGUCGACGAUCUCGGCGUUCUGGCAGAACAAGUACGAGCACGAGGCGGCCAAGAGUUGGGACAAGUUUUACCAGCGCAAUUCGAGCAACUUUUACAAGGACCGCCACUACCUCCACGUGGUCUUUCCAGAUCUGGCCGUGGUGCCCGAGCAGGGCGAGACGAAGACGUUGCUGGAAGUCGGCAGUGGCGUCGGAAAUGCUGCCCUGCCGCUACUGGAGGUCAAUCCGGCGCUGCGUAUCGUGGCGAUUGACUUUGCAGCUUCCGCCAUUGACCUGCUACAGAAACAACCGCUCUACGACGACACUCGUGUGCAGGCCUCAGUGUGCGACAUUACAAAGGAUGCACUUCCUGCUGCUGCUUUUGCGAACGGCGGCGUGGACUUUGCGCUGUGUUUGUUUUGCUUGUCGGCGUUGCAUCCCGACAAGAUGAAAAGCGCCGUGAACAAGGUCGUGGCAGCGAUCAAGCCUGGCGGCAAGCUCUUUUUCCGCGACUAUGGCCGCUACGACCAAGCGCAGCUUCGCUUCCGUCCUGGCUGUAAGCUGCAGGACAAUUUUUACGUCCGCCAAGACAACACGCGAGCGUACUAUUUCACGACGGAAGAGGUGGAGGACAUUUUUACGACCGCUGGCCUUGUCGUAGUCGAGAACGAGUACAUCCGUCGCCAGUAUGCCAACAGACAGCAGAACGUCGUUCGCUUUCGCGUGUGGGUACAUGCUAUCUUUGAGAAGCGUCUCACCCCCACCGCACCUGGCGCGGAGCAAGCAUAG